AUGUAUCUCUCGACACUCCUCCCCAGUCUUCUGCUCCUGACUGGCACCACAAGUCAAUUGUUGCUUCCAGAAAGCCCGCCUCUUCCAACAACGUUCGCAACCAUACAAUCUGUCAAGCCAAGAGAUGUCACCGAGACGGUCACCGUGACCAAGUAUCCGACACCACAACCACCUGACUUCAAACUGGCAGGGUGCGAGAAAGAGUUCGUCUGGGGCUGGCCGAAAGCCAUGCUCCGUACUGACCGAGCCGUCAACACCUGCUACCCUAAACUCGCACAUACCUGCGAGCGAGACGCGUUGGUCGCGAAAGCCAAACACAAGGACUUUUGCAGCUGGCCAGGCCAUGGAUCCUCCAAGAACGGCUACUGCGACCUGAACAAGAACAAGCCGCUUGCAUGCCCGACGUGCGACAAAAACGACCCGAUUUUCAGGAUCCCGAGUCCCGAGAGAUGCUGCCCGGAACCAUGGGUCGGUAUGGAUAUGAAUCGUUACAACAUGAAGGAUUACCUGUGCAAGAUGUUCCGCCCGCGGAAUGAAGACGAGUGGGACUUUUACACCCAGACUUGGCCGCACUGGGAAGUCUACAGCCAGCGAUUUCCUUUCGAUAACUUGACCAUUGAGGGCUACAAUUUUGAGACGGGCGAAAGGUUGAUGGUGGAAUAA